AUGCUGCAACAAAGAUUGUUGGGGCCCCUGCGGGCGCUGGAACGAGCCUUUGUUCCUUCAAUUCGCUCCGCCCAGCCCAUCUACCAACCGCAAUCGCUGAUUCCACGCACCCUCUCCGCAUCCCUCACUUUCCCGAAAACCACGCCUUCAAUCUCCCGCACACUCCUUCCCUUUUCGCAGGUCCGAUACGCCUCGCACGCUUCUCAAGGAACUGCCAAUCGACACUCCCGUGAUCCCGCGGGUAAGCGUCUCGGUGCGAAGCGCUCCGGCGGCGAGUACGUCGUCCCAGGAUGCAUCAUCUUCAAACAACGCGGCUCCAAGUGGUUCCCCGGCGACAACUGCGCGAUGGGACGUGACCACACUAUCUACGCCACCCAAGCCGGCUAUGUUCGCUACUACGCCGACCCCGAGACCCAUCCGGAUCGCAAAUACAUCGAAGGAGGGCAAACUCCCCCCCACCCGCGCAACGCGCCCAGCCGGCGCAAGUUGAACCUCGUCGCCAUUCCUCGAAUUGAGCCCGUCGAGGCCCAGUCUGAUCUUGUUGCCUCUAUCGAUGAGAACGGUACUCAGGUUGGCAGCGUUGCUGCCGUCAACGCCGAAUCUGGCCCCCAGCUGCGUCCUGGUUACAUGUACCGUGAGGCCAAUUGGGUGAUUGGUCGUGCUGCGGAGAAGGCCGGCAUUGUCGCCAUGUCUUAUGAUCGGGGGAACCGAUGGCUUGCGUGGAGGAAGAGACAGGCUCGUGCUGAGCGGGCUGCCCAGAUGAAGAGUCUGAAGGGCAAGAAGAAGGCCAGCAAGAAGGCCAAAUAA